AUACGCCGUAACUCGAUCUGUACAACGUUUGUACUCUGAUUAUUUGGUUCAUGGCCUACCCCUAAGAAGGCAAUUGCUUCAAAUAAUUUCCUGGACCUACUACUUUUCAGUUGUUUGGACCCUAUCGCCAGCAAUGAGGAUAUUUUCAAGUGUCCAGUUUCCUUUACACCUGAGCUCCUACAAAAUAAAAACUAGGUUAUGUUGCGGAUAUUACAUUUUACCGCAUCACUGGUUGCCGCCGCGUGCUUCACACUGUAAAUCAUACAAGCGCGUGACCAACACAACCAUCGAUUUGAUUACAAGCAGAAAAUAUGCUCUACUACCGGUCAGACACAUAACCUCGUCGUUACGAACAUUGGCGCCAUCAUCUCCGCUUGCACCGGAACCCUCUCCGACUCCACCAUUACCAAAUGUGACAUACAGUCCUCCAGAAACAGGUCUUAUAAGCCUGCUGCCCAGGCCGUGGAUCCCCUAUGCAGAGCUGAUCCGUCUUGAUAAACCCACGGGAACAUAUUACUUGUUCUUCCCCUGCGCCUUUUCAACGCUUCUCGCAGCGCCCCUGGCAUCGCCAAUAACCCAUGCCUUGGAGAUAGCGUCCGUAUGCGGCAUGUUCUUUGUGGGUGCUCUGGUUAUGCGAGGAGCUGGCUGCACAAUCAACGAUUUAUGGGACCGGAAUUUGGAUCCCCACGUCGAAAGAACGAGGCUACGGCCUAUAGCAAGGAAAGCGAUACCCCCGAGAAAUGCCGUUAUUUUCACUGGCGCUCAGCUUCUGGUGGGCUUAGGUGUUCUCCUUCAGUUCCCCACACCGUGCUUAUGGUAUGGAAUUCCAAGCUUAUUGUUUGUGGCUGCGUAUCCCUUGGCCAAACGUGUGACGAACUAUCCGCAGUUCGUUCUGGGGUUGACUUUCUCAUGGGGAGCCAUUAUGGGAUUUCCAGCCUUGAACAUCGAUCUUCUAGGAAACACCAAUGCGAUAUUGGCUGCAUCCUCGUUGUAUUCGAGUUGCGUAGCGUGGACUGUAUUAUAUGAUACGAUCUACGCCCAUAUGGACAUAAAAUAUGAUGCUGCUGCUGGCAUUAAGUCUAUUGCAUUAAAGCAUGAACACAACACUAAGGCAAUACUUUCUGCUUUGGCUGUAACCCAGGUCACUUUGCUAGCAGCAGCAGGCGUGGCUGUGAAUGCUGGCCCCAUUUUCUUUAUCGGAAGCUGUGGUAGCGCGUUUGCCACACUUUCCACAUUAAUAUGGAAGGUCAAGUUGAAGGACGUUGGGAAUUGUUGGUGGUGGUUUAAGAAUGGCUGCUGGAUUACUGGCGGUGGAAUAACCUUUGGGUUGCUGGGAGAAUAUCUGGCCCAGGUGUUUGGAUUAUAUGAGGCUUCCAAUUCCGCAAUUGAAGAAAGAAAAGACUGGGACGAACUACGGUGACAUGGACGUUUUUAUAUACUUUUUGUUAUAUUUGUAAUAUGAUGUAUAACCUCACAAUCCUACCAGGUAGUUAAU